ACGGUGGGGCGGGGCGGGUCGGGCCCCCCCCGGGAGACUUUCCGAGGGGCCUGGGAGCGGAGGGAAGUUACCGAGCCUCGGGCAGCUCCGCUCCGCCAUGGCCCCGCUCCCGGCCGCUCCCUGCCGCUGCGCACCGGCGGCUCAGCCCCGGGGGCUGCUGCUGCUGCUCCUGCUCCCGGCGCUGCUCCCGGGGCCGCUCCCGGGGCCGUUCGCCGCUGCCUUCAACCUGGAAGAGUCUCAGCCCUUUGCCUUCCGGGGGGCCCCCGGGUCCCUCUUCGGCUUCGCCUUGGACUUUUACCGGCCGCAGCCCCGCAGCGUCAGCAUCCUGGUGGGAGCCCCCAAGGCCAACUCGAGCCUGGCCGGGGUCAGCCAGGGGGGGGCUGUGUACCACUGCCCCUGGCCCCCCGGUGCCAGCUGCACCCCCAUCGACUUCGACCACAUCGGCAGUCGCAGCCACGACUUUGGGGGCAACAGCAGCGAGAGCUCAGAGCCUGUGGAGUUCAAGUCCCUGCAGUGGUUUGGUGCCACCGUGAGGGCACACAACGCAUCCAUCCUGGCCUGUGCCCCCCUGUACAGCUGGAGCCCGCCCAAGGAGGGGGGCGGGCAGGAGCCCGUGGGCAGCUGCUUCCUCUCCAUGGGCAACUUCUCCAAGUUCGUGGAGUAUGCCCCCUGCCGCUCAGACCUGAACUCCGCAGCUGGGCAGGGCUACUGCCAGGGCGGCUUCAGCGCUGAGUUCACCCAGACAGGCCGAGUGCUGCUGGGGGGUCCUGGCAGCUACUUCUGGCAAGGCCAGCUGCUCUCGGCCACGCAGGAGCAGAUCGCAGCCUCCAGCUUCCCGCAGUACCUGAGCCAGCAGGUGGCAGGGCAGCUGCAGACCCGGCAGGCUGCGCCCACGCACGACGACAGCUACAUGGGCUACUCAGUGGCAGUCGGAGAGUUCAGUGGGGACACGACACAAGACUUCGUGGCAGGAGUGCCCAAGGGCAACCUCACCUACGGCUACGUCACCAUCCUCAACGGCACCAACAUGAAGUCCCUCUACAACUUCUCAGGGGAGCAGAUGGCAGCCUACUUCGGCUACUCCGUGGCAGCCACAGACGUGAACAGUGAUGGGCUGGCAGAUCUGCUGGUGGGUGCCCCCCUCUACAUGGCACGGACAGGGGAGGGCAGGGUGCAGGAGGUGGGCAGGGUCUACCUCUACCUGCAGCUGCCCUCCCUGGCACCCCCUUCGGAUGUGGCACCCAGCCUGGCACCCACCAUGGCACCCAGCCUGGCACCCAGCAUGGCACCCACCCCUGCCAUGGCACUCACCGGGCCCCAGGAGUUUGGGCGCUUUGGCAGUGCCAUUGCCCCCCUGGGGGACCUGGACCUGGAUGGCUUCAAUGACGUGGCCGUGGGUGCCCCUCUGGGUGCCGAGGGCAGGCUGGGGCUGGUCUACAUCUACAGCGGAAUGGGCACGGGGCUGUGCCCCCGGCCCAGCCAGGUGCUGCGUGGGCAGUGGGCACCUGGGCGCCAGCCAGACUUCUUUGGGGCUGCCCUGCGUGGUGCCACCGACCUGGAUGGCAAUGGGUACCCAGACCUCCUGGUGGGUGCCUUCGGGGCAGACACUGCUGUGGUGUACAGGGGGCGCCCAAUCGUCCACGCCAGUGCCAGCCUCAGCGUGGUGCCAACCAUGUUCAACCCCGAGGAGCGAGGCUGCGUCCUGGGCGACAGUGGGCACCAGGUGCCAUGCAUCAAUGUCAGCUUCUGCCUGAACGCCUCCGGGCACCACCUGCCAGCGGCCAUCGACUUCGCUGUGGAGCUCACCGUGGAUGGUGCCAAGGCCGGGGGGGGGCGCAGGGCACUGUUCCUCCCCGAGGGGGCACCAAGCAGGAGCUUGGUUGUGCCUGUGCCCAACGGGGCUGGUGCCCGCUGCCACAGCAUGGCCAUCUACCUCAGGAACGAGUCAGAGUUCCGGGAUAAGUUGUCUCCCAUUGGCGUGGCACUGAGCUUUGGCCUGGAUCCUGAUGCCCACCCAGAUGCCCACGGCCUGCACCCAGUGCUGGCUGCCCAGAGUCGGACCCGGCUGGAGGCGAAGGCUCACAUCCAGCUGGACUGUGGCGAGGACAACAUCUGUGUGCCAGACCUGCAGCUGGAGGCAGCACUGGACCGCCGCGCUGUGUUCCUGGGCGACCGCAACAGCCUCAGCCUGACCUUCGGUGCCCGCAACCAGGGCGAGGGGGGGGCGUACGAGGCCGAGCUGCACGUGCGCGCCCCCCCCCACGCGCAGUACACGGGCGUGAUGCGGCCACACGCGAACUUCUCUGCCCUGAGCUGCGAGCUGGGGGUGGGCAACGACUCCAGCAGUGCCCUCGUCUGCGACCUGGGCAACCCCAUGAAGGCAGGAGCCAGCAUCUGGGGGGGGCUUCGCUUCACCAUGCCCCAAGUGAGCGACAGCAGCAGGAGAGUGCACUUCGAGCUGCAGAUCCGCAGCAGGAACGCCAACAACUCCCGCAGCCAGCUGCUGGCGCUGCCGCUGGAGGUGCGGGCGGCCACGCGCGUCUCGGCCUUCGGCGUGUCCCGCCCUGAUGUGGUCACUGUGCCCGAGGGGGGCAGGACCCCCGAGCGCCCCCCCCAGAGCCUGCAGGACCUUGGCCCCCCCGCGGAGCACAUCUAUGAGGUGCUGAACGAGGGCCCCAGCGCCAUCAGCCAGGGCACCCUGGAGCUCAGCUGCCCCCUGACCCACCGCGGGCACCCCCUGCUCUACGUCACCGGGCACACAGGGCCCCCCGGCUGCACUGCCAGCCACCCCCCCGACAGCCUGCACCUGGCGGAGCAGAGCCCUGAAGCUCACAGCCGGCAGCGCCGCCACGCGGAGGGCACGGUGCCAAGGGGCGCGAGGGACACGCGGGGCAGCAGCCACCCUGUGCCACCCUUCACCCUGGCGUGCCCAGAGGCUGAGUGCUUCAGGCUGAGCUGCCCCCUGGGGGGGUUGGAGAAGCAGCAGAGGAGGAGCCUGACCCUGAGCUUCCGCCUGCGGGCACCGCCCCCGCGCCAGCGGGAGGGGCUGGCACCGGCACUGCGCUGCGAGGCUGAGUACAGGGUCCUGAGGCUGCCCUACCGCAUCCGGGCACAGCACUACCCCAGCCAGCGCCUGCAGGUGGUGACAGGGCUGCAGUGGGCACGGGCUGAGGGCAGCGGGGGGGUGCCAGUCUGGGUGGUGGUCCUGGCAGUGCUGCUGGGGCUGCUGCUGCUGGCACUGCUCUGCUACGGCCUCUACAAGCUGGGGUUCUUCAAGCGGGCAGGGCCCUAUGGCACCGCCAUGGAGAAGGCACAGCUGAAGCCUCAGGCGGCCUCCGAGGCCUGACAGGGCACUGCCGGCGGGCACCAGUGCCACCAGUGCCACCCAGACCAUCAGUGCCACUGGUGCCAGCCAUGCUGCGCCCAGGGCCCUGUGCAGCUGCCAGGGUGGGCACCCCCAUGCCGGGCACCACCAAGGCGCUGGGCACCGUCGUGGUGGCUGACAGCAGCCCCAGUGCCACUGGCACCAUGGGCACCACCACCGGACUGGGGAACACUGGAAUGGGCACCGUGGGCACCACCACCAGCAUGGGCACCACCAGCAUGGCACCACUACCAGGCUGGGCACCACCACUGGACUGGGUAUCACUGAAAUGGGCACUGCCACCAGCCUGGGCACCACCAGCACAUGAGGUGAUGCCCACUGGGCACCAACACGCUGGACACUGCCGUGCCAAGUGGCAGCAGCCCUGGCACAACCACCAUGAGCUGGCACAGGCUCCCCAUUGGGCACAGCUGCCACACCAAGACACCAGCCUGGCAAGCAGGACAUUGGCAGGAUGGGCACCACCCUGCUGGGCACCGGUGCCAGCCCUAGGGACCUCUCUGCCUGGCACAGAACCUCUUGGUGGUGCCACCUUCUCCUGGCACAACCUCACGCAGCUGUCACUCAGUCAUGGCAUCACUUGGCUGCUGUGUGGCACCCACCCACGGUGCCACCUGAUCAUGGCACUGCCCAGCUCUGGUGCCACCCACUCAUGAUGGCGCUUUGCUGUAGUGCCACCCUGGCAUGGUGCCACCCGGGUGGCUGUGGUGCCACCUGGUCACUGUGCCAGCUUUCCAUGGCAUCACCCAGCUGCGGUGCCACCCACUCGUGAUGGCACAGGGCUGUGGUGCCACCCUCUGCCAGUGCCACCCUGUGCCAGUGCCACCCGGGGGGCUGCACUGCUGCCCAGUCUCGGUGCCCCCCUCCUGCAGUGCCCCCUGGCAUGGUGCCAGCGCUGCACUGCCUGUGCCCCCCCUGCCGCGGGCACCUCACUUUGCACUGACCCCCAGCGCCCGAAGGCUUCGUCCCGGGGGGGGCACACAGGACCCUCCCCCCCCCACACCCCCCACCCCGGUGCCCUCCUGUGCCCCCCUGUGCCCCCGGGGGGUGAUUGCACUAGGGUGGGGGGCAGGGGGGGGGUGGGCACAUGGGGGCACAGGGAGGAUAAGGGGGGGUGGGCACAGGGGUGGGCACAGGGGUGGGCACGGGGGGGGGCAGCUUCUGUGUGUAUUUAAUUGGGGGGGGGAGGCCUGAGGGCACCAAUAAAAGUGUCUGCCCCGGAGCUGG